AUGGAUAUUAGUAUUUCUAUAGACAUGAGUAACAACAAUAUAAGAAAUUUUGAUUUGAAUGAAUGUCCAGUGGAAGAUUUUUCUGUGGAGAAUGAUUAUUCGGAAGUAAUCGUUGAACAUUUUGAUUGUAAUAUUGGGGAGAAAGACGUGUUAGAAGGUGACAUUAUUAGUAGUAUUGAGAAAGAAAAUCUUAUAUCUUCUAAUCAGAAUGUUGGGAUCAAUGAGUUUUUAGAAGAAGUUGAUAAUGAUGGAGCGAGUAAUGAGACAAAUAUUCUUCCUUUUGUUGGUCAAAAUUUCCUUAGUGAAGAAGAAGCAUUUGUCUUUUACAAGAGAUAUGUAUAUCAACAUGGAUUCUCAAUUAGAAAGGGUAGAUUCAUCAAACAAAAUGGAAUUAUUAGCCGGCGAGAUUUUUUUUGCCAUCGUGAAGGUAAAGUCCCCUUGAAAAUCAUAGAACCAUCAAAAGAACAAAGAAAAAGAGAAACAUCAAAGUGUGAAUGUAAAGCUCAUUUGCGAAUUUUAUUACAAAAGUCUCAUGAUAUAUUUCCAAGUGAAUGGCGAGUUACAAAGUUUGUUGUUGAACAUAACCAUGAUUUGCUAACCCAAUCAGAGCUGCGUUUUUUAUCGGCUUAUCGAACUAUCUUAGAAAAUGAUUAUGAACGCAUUUUCUUAUUAAAAGAAGGAGGGCUUUCAGUUAGACAAAUAAUGUGUGUCAUGGAGCUAGAGAAAAAUGUGAAGCAUGGUUAUCUUCCAUUUAUGGAGAAGGACAUUCGCAAUUUAUUUUUGAAAGCUACUAAAAUUUUUGAAAGAAGUGAUGUUAUGGACCUUCUGAAGUAUUGUGAGGAUACAAAAAAGAGUUGUUCUAAAUUUCAAUAUGCUUAUACUCUUGAUGAAGAAAGAAGGUUAGAACAUAUUUUUUGGUCUCCUGCUUCUUAUUUUGAUUGGUACAAAAAAUAUGGCGAUGUUGUUGUAUUUGAUACUACAUACAAGGUCAACUCAUAUGAAAUGCCAUUUGGUAUAUUUGUGGGUAUGAAUGGUCAUGGAAAGACUAUACUAUUCAGAUGUGCACUCUUACAAAAUGAAACAACAUCCACAUUUUGUUGGUUAAUGAAGGUAAUUUUUAUACUUACAUUUUUUUCUCUAUAUAGUUGA